AUGCUAUCAAUAAAUAAUGUCGAUUUUGCUCAUAAAUUGACACAUGGUUUAUUGAGUUUAGGUCAAUGGAUGAAAUUGACAUAUAUGUAUAAUUUUGAAAAUUACAUUUAUAUCAGUGGAAGCAAGUAA